GGAUGUUGGUAUAUUUGUCAUUUUGGAUGAGGGACCGGUGCAACGAAAUCCUCUACUCCACCAACAGGCGUUUGAAUUAGCUUUGUGAAUAUUUAAAUCUCUUGAAAUUAUAGCUUUGCACCAACAGACAUGUCAGGUUUUGUUGUUUUUGCACUGGUACUCUCAUUGUCCGCGAUGGUGCCUUGUUUGGGCUUUCCGCCGUCAGUAGCGGCGGCGCCGCAGCCCUGUCCAGCGCCGUUACAGUGGGAGGGUCGGACCGUUGAAUAUGACCACGGCACGGGACGAAACACACGGGCCGCGGUCUCCUAUGAUGCACAGAAUCAGCGAAUUAGGGUCCUGGAGCAGAAAACAGGACACACACCAUGCAAGAAGUUCUUUGAGUACAUCUACUUAUUCAAGAGUGGAGUGCUUUUCCAAAUUGAGGAGAUUACUAAGCAGUGUGCAAAGAUCGCUCUGACGGAGGCCUGGGACCCUUAUGAUAUUCCCCUGAACUCCACAUACGAGGACCAGUACUUCAUUGGAGGACCUGGAGACAUGAUCGAAGUCCAAGAAUGGUCUGAUCGAAAACCAGCUCGCAAAAAUGAGGCUUGGGUUGGUGUGUACACUUUGAAGGACUGCUAUCCUGUCCAGGAGACAUACACCAAGAACAGUAGCGUGACCACAUCCACGCGCUUCUUUGACCUUCAGCUGGGCAUUAGUGACCCUGGGGUGUUCGACCCACCCAGCACAUGCCAAUCAGCUCUGACUGAGAAGAUGACAUCUGACUGCUGAAUACCUCGCUCUGCAUAACAUUACAAUAUACCUUAACCAUAACGCGGCAGGCUUAAAUAAACAGCUUCUAAAUAAAUAUUACACUGACAAAAAGCACAAGAACUGAGUGCAGGUACUGUUAAAUAUAAUCAGAUUUGAAAUAAACCAGAGAAUGUAAGUUUAAGUUCAAUAGUUCUUGUUGAUUUAGUGUGAAUGUGACUCACAUUUUUUGAAGCCUCAUUUUUAAUAU